AUGGGACCCAAGGCGAAGAAAGGCGCUUCCAAUGACCGGCAGCGGUCCGCGGAGGAAGAGGUCGAGGAUCCUCUUCAGGCUGUGAUACUCGCUGAUCCGUUCGAGACGCGCUUUAACCCCUUCACCCUCGAACGACCCCGGUGUCUUCUCCCUCUCGCGAACACCCCGCUCAUCGAGUACACCUUCGAAUUUCUCGCAAAUGCUGGCGUCGAAGAGGUCUUUGUGUGCUGCGGCGCCCACACCGACCUCGUCGAAGAGUACAUUCAGAAUUCGAAAUGGUAUUCGCCCUCGUCGCCCUUCUCGAAGGUCGAGCUCGUGCGGUCAGCCUCCCACACGAUCGGCGAUGCCAUGCGUGACCUCGACCACCGCGGAUUCCUUGUGGGAGAUUUCCUCAUAGUGUACGGCGACGUCAUCAGCAACCUGCCGCUCGAAGCGGCGCUCGCAGCGCACAGGGCGCGGCGGGCAAAGGACAAGAACGCAAUCAUGACCAUGGUCUUGAGGGAAGCGGGUGCAGUCCACCGCACCAAGGCGCAGGAAUCGCGGCCUGUUUUCGUCAUCGACCCGACCAAGGAUCGCUGCUUGCACUUUGAGCAAAUGCACUCCAGAGAACAUUCGGAAAAGCAUUUCGUCAGCAUCGCCCCGGACUUACUCGCCGAAAACACGGAGCUCGAGGUCCGCAACGACCUGAUCGACUGCGGCAUCGACAUUUGCACUCCGGACGUCCUCGCGCUGUGGAGCGACAACUUCGAUUUCCAAGCCCCACGGAGGGGUUUCCUGCACAGCGUGCUGAAAGACUACGAGCUGAACGGCAAGACGAUCCACACCCACAUCGUGGACGAUCACUACGCAGCGCGCGUGCGGAAUCUCCACGCGUACGAUUCGGUGAGCCAGGACGUCAUCUCCCGGUGGGCGUAUCCGCUCUGCCCGGACAGCAACCUCCUCCGCGGCCAGACGUACCGGUUUCAAAAGGGCAACAUCUACAAGGAGGACGGCGUCAUCCUGGCACGGUCAUGCGUGAUCAAUCGCGGCACGGUCAUCGGCAAGGACAGCAGCAUCGGGGACGGCAGCGUCGUGUCGAACAGCAUCAUCGGCCGCAUGUGCUACAUCGGAAGGAACGUCACCAUCGAAGGGGCGUACAUCUGGGACAACGCGGUGAUUGGUGACGACACCGUCAUCAGGAAGGCCGUCAUUGCCAACGAGGCGAGCAUCGGCAAAAAGUGCACAGUCGAACCUGGGGCUCUCAUCUCGUACGGCGUGCGGAUAGCGGACGGUAUCACCGUCGACGGGUCGAGCAGGAUCACGCGCGCGAAGAGGAAGAGGGAAGAAGGCGAGGACGUCGAGAGGGCGGCGCCGGACCCCAAGGUCGUCGGCGAAAAGGGCGACGGCAUCGAAUAUGUCGACCCGGACGAGGACGACGUAGACGAGAUCGUCGAAGGCCUCGUGCCGAAGAAGUCGAUCUACAAUCUUGCGCACCUCUCUUUGUCCGCUGAGUCGAUCUCUACGCUCAAUUCCGAGUCGGACAUCUCCGGUGAUGGCCUGCACCACGACAGGUCGAGAGCAGGAAGCUUCGUCUCGAUCAAUUCCGACGCGUCGAGCCACCACGCUGCCAACUUCGACCACGAAGCGGUCGACAGCAUGCUCGACUCGUUCCGAAAGGGCGACGAUUCGGCAAACAUUCAGCUGGAGCUGGCGUCUCUGCGCAUGACUACCAACGCGUCGGAGCACCAGGUGCGGCGCGCCCUCGUCAUAGCGCUGGUGCGCCGCAUUUCCGAGGUUGUCCAAUCCGGACAGGGCAUCAAGCAGGCUACAGAACAGGUGCUCAGCCCGCACCAAAGUCUCAUCGCCCGGACAAUGUUCGACAAGGACGCAUCGAGCAAAGUCGACCAGAUCGACUUCCUACUGCUGCUGCAGGCGGACCUGGCACCUCGCAACGAGGGAGACAGCAUGCUGCUCCACAUAUCGAUGAAGCUAUACGAAAUGGACGUGUUGGAAGACGAGGCGUUUGAGCAGUGGUGGUCGGACCCCAAAUCCAGCGAGAACGAGGGUCUACAGAAGGUCAGAGGCAAGACGCAGCAGUUUAUCGAUUUCCUAGCACAGUCGGACGAGGAGAGCAGCGAGGAGGAGGACGACGACGAGGAGGACGACGAGUAG